GCUAAAUUGAAGAAGAAGUGGGAAACUGACGUUUUAUCACGUGGUGUAAAAUGGCGUCAGGGCAACAGUGGGUGCUAGUGGAAAUGGUGCAGGCAUUCUACGAGGCACCUGCUUACCAUCUGAUCUUGGAAGGGAUCCUUAUCUUAUGGAUCAUCAGACUCCUGUUUUCCAAAACCUACAAACUUCAGGAACGUUCUGAUCUUAAUGAGAAGGAAAAAGAGGAAUUGAUUGAAGAAUGGCAACCAGAACCUCUUGUUCCUCCUGUUUCCAAAGACCACCCUUCACUAAAUUAUGAUAUUGUAACAGGCCCACCAAGCCACAGAAUCAUUGUUAAUGGAAAAGAGUGCAUUAACUUUGCCUCAUUUAACUUCUUGGGUUUUCUCGACAAUGAGCGGGUGAUGCAAAAGGCCCUUGCAUCUCUCAAGAAGUAUGGUGUUGGUACUUGUGGCCCAAGAGGAUUCUAUGGAACCUUUGAUGUACAUUUGGAACUGGAGGAUCGCUUGGCCAAGUUCAUGCGAACAGAAGAGGCCAUUAUCUAUUCCUAUGGCUUUGCAACAAUUGCAAGUGCAAUACCUGCAUAUUCCAAGAGAGGGGAUAUAGUGUUUGUGGAUGAAGCGGCAUGCUUCUCUAUACAGAAGGGCCUUCAAGCCUCCCGCAGUUUCAUCAAAUACUUCAAGCACAAUGACAUGGAUGACCUUGAGCGACUCCUCAAAGAGCAGGAGAUUGAGGAUCAGAAGAACCUUCGGAAAGCUAAAGUAACCAGGAGAUUUAUCGUAGUUGAGGGGCUGUACAUAAACACAGCAGAUGUGUGUCCUCUCCCAGAACUGGUAAAGCUGAAAUACAAGUACAAAGUACGCAUCUUCUUGGAGGAGAGCGUGUCAUUUGGUGUACUUGGCAAGCAUGGACGUGGGGUUACCGAACACUUUGGGGUCAAUAUUGACGAUAUAGACCUUAUCAGUGCAAACAUGGAAAACGCUGUGGCCUCUAUAGGUGGCUUCUGCUGUGGAAGGUCGUUUGUCAUAGACCAUCAGCGUCUGUCAGGUCAGGGAUACUGUUUCUCUGCCUCCCUACCCCCGAUGCUUGCUGCUGCUGCCAUUGAAGCCCUCAACAUCAUGGAGGAGGACCCGGGUAUUUUUUCUGUACUGAGGGAAAAGUGCAAACAUGUCCACUCUGCAUUGCAGGGCAGGGGAUUUCUUGGAAUUGCAACAAACAGAACACCUGGUCUGAAGGUGGUUGGGAAGUCUUUCGCCCCUGCACUUCACCUGCAGCUGGAGAGAAGCUCUGGAUCCAGAGAGACUGAUGUGAAAACUCUCCGCAACAUUGUAGAUUAUUGUUUGGACAGACAGGUGGCGCUCACCCUGGCUCGGUACCUAGAGAAAGAAGAGCGAUUCCUCCCUCAACCUACCAUUCGUGUGGUGGUAACUAUCGAGCAGACAGAAGAUGAGAUUGAGAAAGCUGCAUCCUGUAUCAGGGAAGCAGCUCUGGCAUUACUCAAAUGAUUCCCUGUUCCGACUGCAACGGAACCUGGAUUUCUCAACCGUCUUGUUUUCAAAAAGCUUGUGUUAAUGUGAACAAGAUUUCCUAUUUUGACCAAAGGCAGACCUUGAAUAUUCCUGCUCCAUGAUAUAUUUUUCUUACUGUCUUUUGGCUACUACUGAAUAUUCUUUUUCAAGGGGUCACUAAUUUAAAGUUUAUUUAGUUUAAAUUCAUGCAUCUCAUACCACUUGAACUGAUAUUACAUUUUACUUUAUUUUACAUAAGUUAGCCUAGGCCAUUUUUUAUUACUUUGUUAAAUGUUGUUCAUGAAUAAUCGAUUUCAAAUCGAUUUGUUUGCAAUUUAACUGCCAUUGUUGAAUCACAGGAUUGUUACUCAAGUCUUUGUUUUCAAGUCUUGUGCAAAAUGUGGUGAUUACAUAAAUGUUAUGCUUGCAGAUUUUUCUGCUUUAAUCAACUUGCACUAUUGUAGACUAAUGGACAUCAAUCUCUAUUUCACCCUAAAGCCAGCUUUAUAGCCAUUAUUACUUUGUAUAGGCUAUCACAAUUUUAAGCCUAUUGUACGUUGCAUACAAAAUGCAGUUUGUGCCUUUGUGUUGCUGCUAACCUAAUGAAUGAAUAUUAGUCAAAUAAAUUGGGCAAAGUGGGUGGUUAGCC